AUGAUGAUGGAUCCUAUCACUGAUCCAUUUCUUAAUUUCAAUGACGGACAAAUUUCCUCCAUACCAGAUAGUUUAUUGUUUUCCAACGACGAAAAUCUUAGUGGAAUCGAUCUAGAUUUACCCCUUUCAAGUCCGAUUAAAUUUGAACAAGAAACCAUAUCAAGUAUGACCGAUAAUCCUGAAUUCGAACAUGAACUAAAGAAAUUCUUCGAUAACUUUCCAUCGCCUGAUUCGUCUUCAUCAUCGAAUCAUACAUCAACCAUUGACAUCCUAGACGAUUUUCCAUUUUCACCGUUCGAAACGGAAACGACGAAUGAGAAAUUCGAUCCAACAUUACCACCUCCACCAGCACCAGCUCAACCUCAGAAAUUACCGGUUAUUAUCAACACAACUAAAAUAGCAAAUCAACAUCUGCCAAAAGUAGUUCAAUUAACCAAAGGCAAUGUCGUCUACAUUCAAGCACCGAAUAAUUCGAAUAAAUCUCAAACAAAUUUUAUUCAACUAACCAAUUGUUUACCAACAAUCUUGAUUAAUACGUUACAAACUCCGACAGUCAGUGAAGAAUCAGCCAAACCAACAUCAACUACAAUUGAAGAUUUUCCUCUCGAUGAUAAUGAAUAUCCUGAUAUUGAUCAUCUCCCAAUGACACCAUCAUCAGGCAGUGAAUCACCCGAUGAACGAAACACAACAUCACCGGAUAUAACUCAUGAGAAUAACUAUAUGAAAAAUCGUCUACAUCGUCAUCAUCCUUAUGGUCUAAGCAAAGGCUCAUCGUCACUACUAACUAAUCUUGAUAAAUUGCCAUCCUCAGGUCCGUUGUUAUUAACUGAUGAAGAGUUGAAGUUAAUCAAACAAGAAGGCUAUCAAAUCCCAACAAAACUUCCAUUGAAUAAAACCGAGGAGAAAGUCUUGAAAAAAAUCCGACGAAAAAUAAAGAAUAAAAUUUCAGCACAAGAAAGUCGCCGAAAGAAGAAGGAGUAUGUCGAUACACUCGAACGACAAAUUGCUAAAUAUAUUGAUGAAAACGGCGCACUUAAAGAGCGUGUGUCAACAAUGGAAAAAAACCAAAGGUCGUUGAUGCAAGAACUUCAAUCACUUCGAUCAAUGGUUGGCAAAGGUACACCAACAACAGGCAAAGUUUUAAUGGUUCUUUGCUUAUUCUUUGCUGUUUUAUUUGGUAUUUGGUCACCUAUAGUAAAUAAACAGUCGGUCGAUGAUUUUAUGCGUUCAUCGAAUGAUGGUUCGUCGUCAACUCAACAAAAGUCUUUAACAUCAUCCAAUAGUCCUGAUUCAUCGAGCACUAUACGUUCAACAAACAGUGCAACAAAGUCCUUAAUGGAUCAACAAGAUAUCAUCAAACAAGAACCAACCUAUUCAAACUAUAUUCCAAAUAAUUACAAAUCACGUGUUCUGCUCUCGUACGAUGAGCAUGAACAUCAUCAUGGGCCUUAUUUACCGUCGAAUAAUAAAUUUAAAUCGUCAUCUCAACAGCAAACAUCUGCACCAGGAUAUACUUAUUCGAAUUCAGUUGAAAGAUACAUGAAUAAGAAGUUCAAAUCAGCACAGGCCGAAGAAGAAACAACUUGUUCAUCGCAACGUUCAUCAUCGGGAUGUUUAAAACGACCGUUACAAACUGAAUCAACUCCAUCAAUAAUACUUUCAAAUGAUUAUAAAACAAUUCGAUUGAAUCAUACAUCAAACUAUCGUAUUAAUGAAAAAGUCGUUGUCAUUGAAAAUACGAAUGAUAAACUUGAGCAUGAUUCAAACAUAUUUGAAAGUAAACCAUUAAAAAUCAUCCGGGUCGAACGUACAACACCGGCAAUUGGCAAUGACACGUUGAAAUUAUCUCAUCGUACAGUUAAUGAAUAA